AAUUCAUCAAAAAGCAGUCUUAGCUCAUAAAAUAAGACAAUGAAGAUAGUAAUAACAAUGAUGAUAAUGAUGAUGAUGAUGAUGAUGAUGAUGGUGGUGGGUAGCAAUGCUGCAGGUGUGUCAUGUGGAGAUGUGGUGAGUGCACUGAUACCUUGUGGUCCGUAUUUGCUCGGACAAGGUGCAGAUAAACCGAGCGAUGAGUGUUGCAAAAGCGCGCAAGGGUUGAACAAGAUGGUGGCGACAGUGACAAUGAGGAGGCAGUUGUGUGAGUGUAUGGAGCAGACAGGGCCCUCCUUCGGAGUUGAGCCGAAGAGAGCUAGUGGUCUUCCUUCUUAUUGUAGGCUCAAGCUUGAUAUUCCUGUCAGCCUUCAUACCAACUGCUCACUUAUCAAAUAGAUGGAUGGAUGGCGGAUUCUCGCAAGCAUCAAUAAUAAAGUUUGACGAAUUUGUAUGUUUAGAUAACUCGCAAUGAAAUGGAACUCUAUAGUUCUAUUUUUAUCGAGUGUGAUUUAUGUUAAGUGUUAAACCAUGAAUAUCUGUGGACCAUUGCAUAUUUAUUCUUCUCUUAAUAUUUAAUUAAUUAAUAAAAAAGUAAGUUGUAGCA